AUGCUGGCAAGUAGACUGCGCAUACUGCCUUCGCGGCUCGCGCGGUCUGGAGGAGCGGCAGUAGCAGCAACAACACCAUCACGGUCGUUGCACCUCGCCCCGCCGUUCCUGCUCGACGAAUACACCCCACGGUACCAGCAGCUGUCGUCGGUUGAUGCGGCGAAGAAGCGGGCGGCGGCGUAUGCGCACCUGAGCCACUGCAACCUGUGCCCUCGGCAGUGCGGCGUGAACCGGUACGAGAAGGCGGGCAUGUGCCUGAUUGGGGAGAAUGUCAAGGUCAAUGUCAUUGCGCCGCACUUUGGCGAGGAGGCAUGCAUCCAGGGCCACCACGGCAGCGGCUCCGUCUUCUUCAGCGGGUGCAACCUGCGGUGCAAGUUCUGCCAGAACCACGACAUUGCCCACACGCGCAACGGGCAGGACCUGACGCCAGAGCAGCUGGCGCAGUGGUACAUGCAGCUCCAGGACGUUGGGCAGGUGCACAACAUCAACCUCGUCACGCCAGAGCACGUCGUGCCGCAGGUCGCCCUGUCCGUCCUGCACGCCCGCGACCUCGGCCUGCGGAUCCCCAUUGUCUACAACACGUCCGCCUACGACAGCGCCGCCAGCCUCGCGCUCAUGGACGGGCUCGUCGACAUCUACCUGCCCGACUUCAAGGUCUGGGACCCGGCCACCAGCCGGCGCCUGCUCCAGGCCGACGACUACGCGGCGACGGCGGUGGAGAGCCUGCGCGAGAUGUACCGGCAGGUGGGCGACCUGGCGUUCACGGGGGACGGCAUUGCCCAGCGCGGCGUGCUGGUGCGGCACCUCGUCAUGCCGGGCAAGCAGGCCGAGGGCGCGCGCAUCAUGCGCUUCCUGGCCGAGGAGCUGUCGCGCGACACGUUUGUCCACAUCAUGGACCAGUACCGCCCAGCCGCGCACGUCGGCAAGCCCAAGAAGAGGAGCAGCGGCGGGCACAACAAGCACGAAGAGGAGGUCAGGUACGCCGAGAUCAACCGGCCCAUUUCGAGCGACGAAGUUGGUUUUGUCCGCAGGGCAGCAGAGGCGGCUGGGCUGUGGCGGUUCAACGACCCGCCUCGCCAUGAGGGUUUUGCCAUGUAG